CGGCGGUACUACCGGCGAGAAGGGAGGCUGGCGGUGAGGGCGGCCUGCGAGGACAACGUAUACGCGCCCGUGCCGCUGGAUCUGGAUUCAGGGCGGCCGGAUCUGGCGCCUGACAGGCCCCAUGGCCGAGGGUCGGAGGAGCACCGCGGCGACGGCGAGGGUGAAGGCAUCGCAGAGGAGCCGGCACACGCAUCCGCAGCCCACCGGAACACUAGCUGACGCACGCGAUCCCGCAGCGAAACCGCCGGGUCCCUCCGCCUGCAGGAUCCUCAUCCACGCGCGGGGGCGGGUGGGAGAGCAGCGAGCUAUCCCCCGGUCUCCAUGGGCAACCUCGCGUCGUGCACGAUGCCGGCGCCGGCCGGGAGCGGGCGGGGCGCCCGGGUUGUGCUCCCCGACGGGCUGGUGCGGCAGGUGCCGCUGCCGGCGAUGGCGGCCGAGCUCAUCCUCGAGGCGGCGGGCCACUUCCUUGCGGACGCGCGCGCGCUGCGGCCCGGGCGGCGGAUGGAGACGCUCACGGCGGACGAGGCCCUCCUGCGCGGGGGUCUCGACGCCGCGCUCCCCAUGAAGCGCCUCCGUGCGUGCGUAGCGCCCGCCGACGUCGCGCGCCUGGCGGCCGCGGUGGUCGCCAGCGGGGAGAAUGCGCGGGCGGCGAGGAGGAGAUUGCGGCCGGGGUCGUCUCCCGCCGCCACGGCCAAGGUGGCCGCCGUUGUCGCGCCGCUCGAGGUCGAGGCCUAGCUCCGGGUGGCGCGGCGUCGCGAGACGUGGCCGCGCUCGGCGCGACGGCGCGCUCGGCCCGUCGCGCCGACGGGAGCCGUGGCGAAAUCCGCCUCGCCGCGGUGGUGCGGGUCGCGGUGGCGGCGGCGGCGCGGGGUGGAGGGGGCGGG